CUCGCUCUCUGAAGACGACAUGGUUUUGACUUUUCUGGAGGGUUUUUGCUUUCCUGCAUGCAACAAUGGCGGCAAAUGCAGAAAUGGCGGUGUUCGCUGACACGAAUUUGGGCACCCGCAUCGUCAUGGGAGUACCUCCAGAUAUCACAGCUGGAGAUUUCAAACCAUGAUUGACCAUCCAUAGGAAGUUCAUAGUUGGAUUGAUUCUUCUACUAUAUAAUGCAACAGGUUGUAACACUUCAUUACGCUUAACUAGCACUAGUUUGUGAUAACUAAUCCAUCGGAAAUUGUUCUAAUAGGGAAACUCGAGAAAACACACUUCAAUUGCUUUCCGAGUUUCGGAGAGAUCAAAGUUAAUGGAUUAAUGGUGAAGCGGAAGUCAUCCUUUUACCAUCUUCCCGAGUGGAUUCCUAUAAAGUAUGCUUUCCAGGGUCUUAGGGGGACAUGGUUUCUUCAGGUAGAAGGAAGGCUUUUGAAUGGUUCGAAUAGCGCAGAUUUAUCCAAGCAUGUUGCUGCAGAAGUUGGGAAUCAUGCCUUUCAUGGCAGCAACCUAACUAAAUCUCUUGCUAUAGCCAGUAGAAGAAAGAAUGGGUUGAGCAAUGAAAAGGGAAAAAAGGAAAUAUUCAACAGAAUCAAAACUUCGCAACAAGAGCUUCCAAAAGUUUUUUCUUAUUCAGGCAAAAAGAGGAAAAGAAAACAGAGAAUAAACAAUUUGGAGCACCCACUGCCUCCAGCUAACGAGAACAUUAAUAUCGACAAAGAAAUGCAAGCUAUCAGCUGUAGAAAGAACCUUUAUCAUUUUUUAUCAGAGAUUGAAUUCGAGUCUGCAACAAAAUGUCAUCCCGCCUCAAAAAGACGAACACCUAGCAAGAGGUUUCAGCAAGUCAUUACAGAUGCUAACAUCAAUGGAAGAUACUCCUCGAGUUUCUGUGAGGAAAGCAGAUAUAGAAGCCCUUCUGUGUCACUUGUUGCUUCUACUAUUCAUAGCAGACUUCCUCAACAACUUAAGGCUCAACGAGAUGUUAGCUGCUCUACCAUUGGAGUUGACACUUUGCCACAGCUUAACCUUCGAACACCACCAAGAAUAUCUCCUUCUCUAUCUCAAACUGACUCAAAGCUUGAAUCUUCAAGAAAUAAGCCAAGAGGAGCUGAAAUUGGGAAACGUCUCCUCACUGCCUCGAAUAAUAUCAUCAAGCCUCAAAAUAAGCACAGAUCUGCAAUAUCUAUAUGCAGAACCAAGAAUAGAAAAUAUGAACGCCGAAAUGCUGCAUCUAUAGCCAGAUAUAUGGCAUUUGAGAUGAGCAGCAGUGAUGGCUGAAGAAAUCCGGUGGUGCCUUCUGAUAAAACUUAACUCAUGUAUGUUAAAACUGCUAUGCUCAUCCAACCCCUGUGCCACUUCCAUAAUUUUCCAGCAGCAUUCAGCUUAUUCUUUGAAUCGACUGAUGAUUCAAGGUCCCUCUGAUUUUUCCAGGUUGGGCUGUGCUGAUUUUAACACUGUUCGAAAAGGAGAAAAACAAUGAGGGCAAUCAUAUAGAAUUCACUCCAUGAAUACAAAAACUAGCUCAUAAGUAUCCAAGUUAGCUUUUGAGGUUCACAUUAUUGUCAAACAUGCUUUGCCAGGACAGUGAUUUGGAACCAACAAUAGCUUAAGUAGGUUGACCUGCCAUUGACAGUCUUGAUAUGAUGAAGAGAAUUCGAUCAAAAUGCUGAAGCUUGGUAGCAUGAAAAAAACCGAUGUUGUAGAGUUGAGCCUGGGGAUUGUGCAAGAAGAUAUCUAGUAUUUUGUAUUUCACUGGAGAUAUAUGUGGGAAGGCAAUUUUUUUGAGCAAUUUAGGCUGCAAAACAUUGUUCCUGAGGAGGUGGUCAGAGGGUGCAAGGCAUUUUUGCUUAACUUUUCAUCUCCAUUGUGAGAUAUACUAAUAGAAUAUAAAUAAUUUAGACUUGAAGCAGACAUAGCAUUAGGGAUAUUGACUUUUCUGGUCUUUGCACUCUCAUAAUAAUAAGGUUCUUUUAUGGCCAAGUUUCACCAUGUAAAUUUUGUUUUCUCUGUUCAUGACAUUGACAAACAUAAGAUUAUAAAGAACCUUAGGUAAGUUA